CUCCGCGCUUCCGGUUCGCCGAGCGCCGGCGGUGGCAGCAGAAGCAGUACCAGAAGGUUCCUGCGCCCGCCUGAGCCCCCUUUUAACCCGAACGGCAUCACACGGAAUUGGAAACUUCCAAGCGGGCAAUUGAAAGCCGUCUUCCAUUCAUCUCCAGCGCGGAUCCUGACCCUGAAGUACGCCUCUCGCAAGUCCAGUUUCGUGAAUAUCUUCCCCUUGGACAGGUUCCUCGUUCUCCGCUUGAUCUGCUGCCACGCCGCCUCUGCCGUCCCGGCCAGGCAGAUCCACUCUUUUAGUGUGGUCGGGUUGUCCCAACCAAACGCCCUCGCAAGGACCUCCAAAUUGAGGCCGUUUUUGAAGUAGUCUACCCUCAGAGACUCUGGCCAAUUGUGAAAAUCAAAAUCAGCGUUGCUCAGUUUUGUAAGAUGCCAACUGUGUAUCCAAGGAACAUCAAAUGAUAACACCAGGAGCAUUUCAGAAAGACUAAAGAUACCUUUGGAUCUACAGAACAUUGGAAGGGAAUAAAUAUGUCCAAAAUAACUACAGAACUUCUGUUGGAAAGAGCAGUGCCCAAAUCUACAAGGCUACGAAAGAUCAAAACAUUGAACCUGUCCAGAUUGCAAAUAACCACAGAAGAUUUGGAACCACAGUUAUUCUCUCAUCUUCGCCAUCUCCAGGAACUUGAUCUCUCUGACAAUCUCUUAGAACGGCUUCCUGACAAUCUCAGUUUGCCAAACCUCCGCAUCCUAAACUGUAACAACAAUUACCUGGAAGAUGUGACAGCCCUGCAGCAGUUUCCACAGCUGGAGGAGCUUACCUAUACCAACAAUACAUACCUGACAACCAAUGAUGAUUAUAAGGCUAUGUUUCUUUUGCGAAAUCUCCGUCAGUUGAAUGGCAAAGACAUCACUAAGCUGGCCAAUCAUGUCAGAGUCGUCAACAGUCGAGAGCUGACUAGUAGGGUCUCUGCUCAUUGGGGGAAAAAUUUUCGGAACCAGAUGCCUAAAACACUGUCUCCUGAACAACUGAAAUCAAUUAGAAAAAAGUUCAUCAGGUCUGCACAAGCUCACGUAGCGUAUGGUCCCAGCUCACUCAGCGAUUUCACACGAUGGAGGGUGAAAAUGAUUGCUGAGGAAUUCCUGACUUCACUGAUUAAUCAGGAACAUAAGCCUGCUACAGAAGCAGCAGAAUCAAUGGAGGAGCAAGAGGAGGAGGAGGAAAAAGAAGAGGAGGGAGGAGAGGAGGGAGAAGAAGAGGGAGAAGAAAUUAAAAAAAAUACCACAGAUGCUGAGAACAAAGUUACUGCUAAGGGCACAGUAACUCCCAGCAAGAGGAAAGGGGCUCGUUCCAAAGGAAGAGCAAGGAGCAAGAGAUCCCGUUCCCAAAGCAGCUCCAAGGAAGAAGCAUUGCCCAGCCCCAAGAAGCUCAGCCGCUUGCAGGACGAGCGCAAUACUGAGGGGACAAGAGCCUCUCGCCCACAGGCCAAGGAGUCCCAGACCCCGCCGGAUUCUGAUGGAGCCCAUCGGAAUGGAGGUCGGCUUCCAAAAGCACAAAGCCACAAAAAGCUCACUCAGCAGAAAGAAGAGCACAAAGAGGAAGAGGAGGAUGCAAGAGAUGUUUGUAGCACUCCAGUUAAGGACUUGGAAUGUGAGGAGACAAUCAGCCUGGAACCUGUCCAUUUUCUACAGUGUCAUAGUAAGGGCAACAACAGGGAUGACUUCAAGACCCAGUUAUGGGCCUGUGUUUUUGAGCCACCACUAGACUGUGGGACGAGAAAAGACCCUGUGGUGAGCUCCUCUAGGACAGCAGCUACCUGUGGCGGAGAUUCUGUUUGUUUGGUUGACUGUGAAACAGGCAUUGUUUUGAAAAAGUACAAAGUGACUGGGGAGGAGUUUUACACUGUCACAUGGACAACCCUGACAAUGGUAACCAGCGAUGGGAGAAAGAAAAGACACAAUGUUCUGGCUGCUGCUGGGAGAAGAGGAAUCGUGAAGCUAAUUCAUGUGACUGCUGAUUACUGUUAUGGAGAGAUCAAGGCUCACAAGAAGCCCAUUGCUACUGCCUGCUUCAGUCCAACCUGUGAAACGCACCUUUUCACUGCCUCCUAUGAUAAGAAAAUAUGUGUAUGGGACAUUGGAAUUCCAGACUGUGACUAUAAUUUCAAAGAAAGGCAGCUGAUGAUACUAGAGACCAUUGCUACACCUUUACGUAUCGCCCUAGUGCCCUCUUGCCCAGAUCGGUUCUUGGUGGCUGGUUGUGAACAGGGCUGCUUUGCCUGGGAUAUUAGACUGGAUGAUAAGCUACAGAAAAACAGAGCUUUUGAAGUUGAAUUUCAGUUCCCAGAUGAUGAAGGGAAUGAAACAUCUUCCCAUCGGGUGGAUGGCCUGGCCUUUUUGAAUGAAGACAUUGUGGUUACCAAGAGUUCAAAGAGAGCAUCUAUAAACCUCUGGAGCUGGAGUCGCUCUUUCAAACAAGGCAAAGGAGGGCGGAGGACAGUGCAGGCUGUCAUUCUGGCUGAACUGGAGUGGUCUUCAACUGAUCUCCCUUACCUCACUCUCAGCACAUGCCCAACAGAAGAAUAUGUGUUCUGUGGUGAUGAGAAAGGAAGCGUCUGGAUGUAUGACCUCAGCAACCAUUUGUCAGCUCUCUGUGCCACCAAGGAAGAUUGUUCAACUGAGAGAAUAGGGCCUUCCCAGGUUCUAAAGUGGCCAGAACUGAAGGCAAAUGGCGAGUUGCUGACAGACGUCUUGGUGAACAACGUGGUCACAGAUCCCACUUUCACAUACCUGGUCGCGCUGACUGAUGUCAAUAUUGCCGCAAUAUGGAAGAAGGCCUAGCUGUGCUGGCCUGGCCUGGAAGAAGCAGCCCCAUUUUCUCAACCCCAUUUCAGUAGUGCAGUAUUUGUGACUGUUCGGAGAAUAAUCAGGGUGGGGUGGGGGAGGGAUGGGGAUUGGUGGGGAUGAAAUUCAUAUAUAUCAAUGCAAGAAAAUCAACCAAAGGUAUUGGCUGGAACUCCGUGUUGUUAUUGCCAAUGCCGACAUCUCUUAACUGUGACUUUGCUUUAUUGGUGUCUUAAGUGUAUUUGUUUUAUAGGACAGUAUUUAAUAAAACUUGAUACAACACAACUGAAGCACUUUUUAAAAAAUUAUGUUAAAUGCAUUUACUUAGGUCCAUACCUUGAAGGAUCAGGAGAAAAUUGCCUUUCCAAGGUUGCAAUAUGCAGGCAGGGCUAUUGAACUCAUUGAGAAGAAAUAUUCAUGGUUUGAAUGUAAAGUAGCAUGGACUUGACAAGGAUAGUUUCAUUCUGGCAAUUGCCAUAAGAAAGCAGAUUACCCUUAGAACAAAUUGCAAGAAUGGGUGGGAAGACUGAGAACCUCAUUGAGCAGACGUGCUGUUUCAUAAGGUAGGAACAUAAGUAAAUUCAAGUUC